AUGAAGACCUCCGGCGUCGAUCUGGGAAGCAUGCGCCGCAUCGCGCUCCAGGGGUGCGGAUUGCGUACGGGGGGGGCGGUGAGGGCGGUCCCGGCGGCCCGAAGACAGGGUGGACAGGUAGUGCUCAACGCUGUUGAACUGGAAACGCGGCCGCCGCCUUCAACCAGCGAAACAGAGACCUUCGACUUCAAGGGGUACAUGAAAGAGCAAGCCGCGCUAGUGGAAACAGCGCUGGAUUCUGCGGUGCCUCUUGCACGCCCUGAGACCAUUCAUGAGUCCAUGCGGUACUCCCUAUUGGCAGGUGGCAAGCGAGUGAGGCCAGUUCUCUGCCUGGCAGCUUGUGAGCUUGUAGGAGGGUCUUUGGAGAAUGCGAUGCCAACAGCAUGCGCAUUGGAGAUGCUGCACACGAUGUCUCUCAUCCAUGAUGACCUGCCCUCCAUGGAUAAUGACGACCUCCGACGGGGAAAACCCACAAACCACAAGAUGUUUGGGGAGGACAUGGCCAUCCUGGCGGGUGAUGCCCUGCUGACAUUUGCUUUUGAGCAUGUGGCAUGUGCCACCAAGGGGGUUGCAGCUGACAGGGUGCUGAAGGUGAUCACAAACCUGGGAAAGGCGGUGGGGACCCGGGGCCUGGUGGCGGGGCAGGUUGUGGACCUGGAAAGCGAGGGCAAGGUGGUUGAUCUGGACGUGCUGGAGUACAUCCAUGAACACAAGACUGCUGCACUUUUGGAGGCUGCAGUUGUGUGUGGUGCAACACUGGGAGGCGCCUCGGAUGAGGAGAUUGAGAAGCUGAGGAAGUAUUCCAGGAACAUAGGUUUGGCUUUUCAGGUCAUCGACGACAUCCUGGACGUCACGCAGACGUCGGAGCACUUGGGCAAGACAGCUGCGAAGGACCUGGCGUCUGACAAGACGACGUACCCUAAGCUGUUGGGGCUGGAGAAGUCGCGGGAAGUUGCGCAGCACCUGAUCGACGAGGCCGUGGCCCAGCUGGCCUCGUUCAACUCUACCAGGGUUGCGCCUUUGGUAGGCCUUGCGCAUUACAUAGGAUCCAGAACGAACUGA